GGUAUUAUGAAUUCGGUGUAUAUUAUUCUCUCAUUCCGAUCCAUCUCUAUAAAUUUUCUACACUAAUCUAAAGUCUGAGAAAUAUGGUGGGAGCAGUAGCCAAUGGUUGGGCUGCCAGGGACUCAUCUGGUCAUCUCUCUCCUUAUUCAUUUCAUCUCAGAGAAACAGGUGGUGAUGACAUUCUAUUGCGCGUUUUAUACCGUGGAGUAGACCACACAGAUCUCCAUCAGGUGAGGAGUGAGAUUGGCAAAACCAACUACCCUUUGGUUCCAGGGCAUGAAAUAGUGGGCCAAGUAGUUGAAGUAGGGGAAGAAGUGAAGAAUUUGAAAGCAGGCGAUGUGGUUGGAGUGGGAGGAAUCAUUGGCUCUUGCUCCGAUCUGGAGCACUACUGCCGCGCCAGAGUCUUAACCUACAAUCACGUUUUCCCCGACGGAACCAUCACUCAAGGCGGAUUUUCUUCUGCUAUUGUUGUUCAUCACAGAUUUGCAGUUAAAAUCCCUGAAAAGCUAGAAGCGGCUCAAGCUGCGCCGCUGCUGUGCGCAGGAGUGACGGCAUACAGCCCUCUGAAACAGUUCAAAGAUGCAGGUCACCUCGCUGUCAUGAUAGCAAAGGCGAUGGGGCAUCACGUCACCGUCAUAAGCUCUUCCCACAAGAAAAGGGAGGAGGCCAUGGAGCACCUCGGUGCCGACGCCUAUCUAGUGAGCAGCGACGAGGCUGCAAUGGCGGAAGCUGCAGACAGCCUCGAUUAUAUUCUCGACACGGUGCCUGCUCUUCAUCCCCUGGAGCUCUACAUUUCACUCCUCAAAGCGCAGGGAAAGCUGUUAUUAGUAGGAGCACCUCCUCAUCCACUUGAGUUUAUAGCUUCCCAUCUCAUUCUAGGGAAAAAGGCGAUAGAGGGAAGUCUGAUGGGAAGCAUGAAAGAUAUGGAACAAGUGUUGAAUUUGUGGGCGGAUAAGGGAUUGAAGAGCAUGAUUGAGGUGGUGAACGCAGAGUGUGUUAACGAAGCGUUCGAGAGGAUGGAGAGAAAUGAUGUGAGAUACAGAUUUGUGCUUGAUGUAGCUGCUUGGACCAACAAACUUCACUAACUCUACUGCACUGCAUCGAGCUUUGAGGUUUCAUGUUUUCAAACUCAGUGGAUUUAUUUUUAGUUUCAUUUUAUGCUUCAAUACGUACAUUUCUAUAUAUGAAAAAUAAGAGGAAAGAUAAAAGAGGCGUUUUUGUUGCAUUAA